CCCUGUCGGUGGAGGUUUUUUUUCAGCAGCAUAUGCAAUAGGAUCUUCUCCGUCUUCUUCUCCUUUUCCGACGCAACAAUUCCAAUUCCUCUCCAAUACUAUAUUAUCAUAAAUCAAUUGCACUGAAUCGAGCAUUAGAAACCAAUUUUUUUUUUUUACAGCAGUUUUAGUUCCCACAGACUACAGAGUACAGACGGAGGGUCCCACCCUACCCCUCACCCACCGCGUCCGGUUAUCCUUAUCCUCCGUUCCUUCUUCUAUAACUCUGGGUUUUUCUCAAAGCUCCGAUCUUUAAUUAAAAGAUUGGAUUUUUCAGUCUGGGAUCUCAGGAUUUCACACUCCCUCGUCUUCUUCGGACCUAUUCACUUCUGGGUUUCCUCCUCUUUAUCUGUUGAAUGAUUGGUGAGGGCAACACCAGUUUGUGACCGAGACCAGACACUUUAUGAGAUUUUCUUUGGUUUGAAGUUUGGACUUUGGAGUUGUGAUGGACUUUAGGGAGAGAGAAUGUGCGGUUGAUGUUGAGACCGGUGUGGGUGAGACUAUGAGUGAAAGAGUGGACGCGAAACCAAGGAACUCUAUCGCAAGCUGUGUGUGUGGCUGGAAAUUGGAUGGUUCAAAUAAAGGGCAAAAUGGGGUUUUGCCUGUGAAGAUUGAGAAAACCGAGAAAGAGAAACAACGAAAGUCGGUGCGUGCUAAGAGGCCUCCCAAGCCCCCAAGACCUCCAAGAGGAAUGCCAUUAGAUGCCGCCGACCAGAAGCUGAUCAAAGAAAUACAUGAACUCGCGAUGAUAAAACGCGCGAGGAUUGACAGGAUGAAGGCUUUGAAGAAACUGAAAGCCGCGAAGGAAUCAUCCAUGUCUUCAACAUUUAGUGGCAGUUUCUUUGCUAUGUUUUUUACAGUUCUAUUCUUUAUGGUGCUAAUCUUCCAAGGGAUGUCAUCGGGAAAUCGUUCUCCAAGGUUUCAUGGCACCCAAAAAUUGUCUACUUCAUCAAUGGCAGCCCGUUCUAAAUCUACUAACAUGAAGGAGAAGAGAUCUGAUCGAUUUCAAAGGAUAUGAUACUGCCCUCUGUACAGCGGAUUUUAGAAUGGAUUGCGAGCGGUUAGUUUGGUACUACGGAUUAGGUUCUGGUCAUUGUAUUCAUUAACAAUCUGUCAUAGGAUUCAUUUCAUUCACAUUACUUGAACCAUAUUGGUAAACAAUGUAGUAGUAUAUAGAAAACACAACAAAAGUUGUUUAUUAUAAAUACGGCUAAAACAACCUAAAAGUCGAAUAUUACACCAACAAGACAUACGGUUUGUCGGUUAGCUAUGCUCCUAGGCGUAAUAUUGUUUUGAAAUAUUUGACUUUUGGACCGUUUUGACACUAUUUAUAACAAAAGAUUUUUGUUGCUUUGAAUGGACUACUACAUUGUUUAUCGAGUGACAACCUGACCUAGUAUAUAUAUAUGGAAUGUGCGGGUUAGCGUGUUAUGUUCUAGGUAUUUCAUUCCAUUAUUUUUUUUCUCAGAUUUUUUUUCCUAUGUGAUGUACUUUAUUGUCCCUUUAGGAUCUGCUGCUCUAUUUGAACCCAUCCCCCUAAAGCCCUCACCCCGUAGACACAAAAAAAAACGAGUCUUCAGACUCCAACAGCCGAAGAAAGAACUGGACAGCCGAACUGCCGAAGAGCCUGCCGAUUGCCGAACAUUCGAAGAAAGGACGUCUCCGUCACGCCGCUGCCGGACACCGACCUCCACCCUCCAAUUGUGCUCUCAAGAAUGCAAGGAGAACUUCUCGAAUCCUCGGCUAGCUUUUACGG